AUGAAGGGCACCCUUGCCUCUUUGGCCGUCGUCCCUCUGGUAGCAGCAAUUCCACAGAAUCUGCAUAUUCGGGACGGAAUGACUCCAGUGACUGUGAAGGGAAACGCCUUCUUUCAAGGCGAUACCCGUUUCUAUGUCCGUGGUGUAGAUUAUCAACCAGGAGGCUCCUCAAAGCUCGUUGAUCCUCUCGCAGAUGCCGCCACCUGCAAGCGAGACAUCGCCAAAUUCACCGAUCUGGGUCUCAACACCGUUCGUGUAUACUCUGUCGACAAUUCCGUUGAUCACGACGAAUGCAUGAAUGCUUUGGCAGAUGCUGGCAUCUAUGUGGUCUUGGACGUUAACACUCCUAAGUACUCGAUCAACCGAGCAGAUCCGGAAGUAUCAUACAAUGAUGUUUAUCUGCAGAACGUCUUUGCAACUGUUGAAAUGUUUGCAAAGUACGACAACACCCUGGCCUUCUUCUCGGGAAAUGAGGUCAUCAACGAUGGUCCUUCGUCCAAGGCUGCUCCGUUUGUGAAAGCCGUUACUCGUGACAUUCGUCAAUUCAUCCGCUCGAGAAAUCUGCGCCAGAUUCCAGUCGGAUAUUCUGCAGCUGAUAUCGAUACCAACCGUCUCCAAAUGGCUCAAUUUAUGAACUGCGGCACCGACGACGAGCGUAGUGACUUCUUCGCCUUCAACGACUAUUCAUGGUGCGACCCAUCUUCCUUCCAAAUCUCUGGGUGGGAUCAGAAGGUCAAGAACUUUACAGGCUAUGGUCUACCCUUGUUCCUCUCCGAAUAUGGUUGCAACACCAACAAGCGCCAGUUCCAGGAAGUUUCCUCUCUUUACAGCACUGAAAUGACCGCUGUCUACUCCGGAGGUCUGGUUUAUGAAUACAGCGAAGAAGGAAGCAACUAUGGUCUUGUUGAGAUUAACGGCAAUGAUGUCACGGAGAAGGAUGACUACACCGAACUGAAGAAUGCUCUCAAACAAACACCGAACCCUAAAGGUGAUGGCAACUAUAACUCAACAGGCGGAGCCAACGGCUGCCCUGCAUCGGAUCCUCCCAACUGGGACGUCAGCAACGACGCUCUACCAGCUAUUCCAUCCCCUGCAAAGAAGUACAUGACCGCCGGUGCAGGCAAGGGCCCUGGAUUUUCCGGUUCGGGAAGUCAAGACCAAGGCACUAAGUCCACUGGAAGUGCCACCGCAGGCUCCGGAACUGCUGCUGAUUCCGACUCGGUGUCGACUUCCAAGGGUGCUGCUGCUAACCUUCGUGCUCCGGAAAUCACCUUUACUCCGGUAAUUUGCAGUGCUGUUGUAGCACUAUUUACCCUUUUCGGUGCCUCUCUCGUGAUCUUGUAA